GGUGUCUCUCCAAUAGGGGGAGGUACAGCCCAGAUAUAAGAACAGUAAUCAAGAGGAUGUGAUGAUGAAUAAAACUCUAUCGCUCUCGCUCUCUCUCGCGCUCUCUCUCGCUCCUCUCUAGCUCGCUCUCUCUCUCUAGCUCGCUCUCUUGCUCGCUCUCUCUCUCUCUAGCUCUCUCUCGCUCUCUCUCGCUCUCUCUCACUAGAUCGCUCUCUCUCUCUACUCUUUCUCUCUACUCUUUCUCUCUCUCUUCUCUCUCCUCGCUCUCAGCUCUUUCUCUCUCUCUCUCCUCUCUCUCAGCUCUUUCUCUCUCCUCUCUCUCAGCUCUUUCUCUUUCGUCUUCUCUCACUCACUCUCUUUACACAAAACUGCUUUGGGAGGUAGCUGGCACUGUGUCCAACAACGUAUGGACUCGGAUUGUUCUUCAUCUUAUUUCCACCUCUCUUUCACAGCUCUCUUUCACAGCUUGUGUAAAGCUGAGUUUCAUCAGUCUCCUUCCCUGACAGCGAAGGAGGUCCACUGUAGCCACAAUGACAAUAACCUGGUGGUGAUGCUGGGGUACCAACAGAAACAGGCCAGUCCUGCUAUGACUCUGAUAGGUGAUGAUCCAUCAUGUGACUGCUGCCACAGACUUCUAAACCCCUAUUGUUGUUUGAGGAAAGGUGCAUUUCAUCCUACCACAUGUAUCCUGAUGAUAAACUUUGGUUUUGGGGUACGGUUACAGCGCCAGUGGUUAGCCUAGUGGUUAGAGCGUUGGACUAGUCAUUGAAAAUAAGAAUUUGUUCUUAACUGACUUGCCUAGUUAAAUAAAGGUAAAACAAAAAAAUAAAAAACAGAGCCUAACUACGAGGGUCUGUUCAAGGCGAGGUUUCAGCUGAAGAGAGAGGACACCCUGAAGGGAUCUCUGGUCAUCUACAACCCUGAAGGGAUCUCUGGUCAUCUCCAACACUGAAGGGAUCUCUGGUCAUCUCCAACCCUGAAGGGAUCUCUGGUCAUCUCCAACCCUGAAGGGAUCUCUGGAAAUCUCCAACCCUGAAGGGAUCUCUGGUCAUCUCCAACCCUGAAGGGAUCUCUGGUCAUCUCCAACCCUGAAGGGAUCUCUGGUCAUCUCCAACCCUGAAGGGAUCUCUGGUCAUCUCCAACCCUGAAGGGAUCUCUGGUCAUCUCCAACCCUGAAGGGAUCUCUGGUCAUCUCCAACCCUGAAGGGAUCUUGAUAAUGUUAUUUGAAAUUUUUUCAGAGCAGUCAUUUUAAUUUGAUUAUGUUAUUUGAAAUGUUGUUUUAUCUUUUGAAGUAGUAGUAUAUUAUGUACAUUACUCUCAGGGGGAUAGUAGUAGUAUUUUAUGUACAUUACUCUCAGGGAGAUAGUAGUAGUAGUAGUAUGUACAUUACUCUCAGGGAGAUAGUAGUAGUAGUAUGUACAUUACUCUCAGGGAGAUAGUAGUAGUACGUACAGGGAGAUAGUAGUAGUAUGUACAUUACUCUCGGGGAGAUAGUAGUAUGUGCAUUACUCUCAGGGAGAUAGUAGUAGUAUGUACAUUACUCUCAGGGAGAUAGUAGUAGUAUGUACAUUACUCCCAGGGAGAUAGUAGUAUGUGCAUUACUCUCAGGGAGAUAGUAGUAGUAUGUACAUUACUCUCAGGGAGAUAGUAGUAGUAUGUACAGGGAGAUCGUAGUAGUAUGUACAUUACUCUCGGGGAGAUAGUAGUAGUAUGUACAUUACUCUCGGGGAGAUAGUAGUAGUAUGUACAUUACUCUCAGGGAGAUAGUAGUAGUAUGGACAUUACUCUCAGGGAGAUCGUAGUAGUAUGUACAGGGAGAUAGUAGUAGUAUGUACAUUACUCUCAGGGAGAUAGUAGUAGUUGUAUGUAUAUUACUCUCAGGGGGAUAGUAGUAGUAUGUACAGGGAGAUAGUAGUAGUAUGUACAUUACUCGCAGGGGGAUAGUAGUAGUAUGUACACUACUCCCAGGGAGAUAGUAGUAGUAUGUACAGGGAGAUAGUAGUAGUAUGUACAUUACUCACAGGGAGAUAGUAGUAGUAUUUACAUUACUCUCAGGGAGAUAGUAGUAGUAGUAUGUGCAGGGAGAUAGUAGUAGUAGUAUGUGCAUUACUCUCAGGGAGAUAGUAGUAGUAUGUCCAGGGAGAUAGUAGUCGUAUGUACAUGGAGAUAGUAGUAGUAUGUACAGGGUUAUAGUAGUAGUAUGUACAUUACUCACAGGGAGAUAGUAGUAGUAUGUACAUUACUCUCAGGGAGAUAGUAGUAGUAUGUACAUUACUCUCAGGGAGAUAGUAGUAGUAUGUACAGGGAGAUAGUAGUAGUAGUAUGUGCAGGGAGAUAGUAGUAGCAUGUACAUUACUCUCAGGGAGAUAGUAGUAGUAUGUACAUUACGCUCGGGGAGAUAGUAGUAGUAUGUGCAGGGAGAUAGUAGUAGUAUGUACAUUACUCUCAGGGAGAUAGUGGCAGUAUGUACAUUACUCACAGGGAGAUAGUAGUAGUAUGUACAUUACUCUCCGGGAGAUAGUAGUAGUAGUAUGUACAGGGAGAUAGUAGUAGUAUGUACAUUACUCUCGGGGAGAUAGUAGUAGUAUGUACAUUACUCUCGGGGAGAUAGUAGUAGUAGUAGUAUGUACAUUACUCUCUGGGAGAUAGUAGUAGUAGUAUGUAGCAGUUUGUUAUAUCUGGAGUACUUCUCCUGUCCUAUUCGGUGUCCUGUGUGAAUCUAAGUGUGCGUUCUCUAAUUCUCUCCUUCUCUCUUUCUUUCUCUCUCUCGGAGGACCUGAGCCCUAGGACCAUGCCCCAGGACUACCUGACAUGAUGACUCCUUGCUGUCCCCAGUCCACCUGGCCAUGCUGCUGCUCCAGUUUCAACUUCCACCUGACUGUGCUGCUGCUCUAGUUUCAACUGUUCUGCCUUAUUAUUAUUCGACCAUGCUGGUCAUUUAUGAACAUUUGAACAUCUUGGCCAUGUUCUGUUAUAAUCUCCACCCGGCACAGCCAGAAGAGGACUGGCCACCCCACAUAGCCUGGUUCCUCUCUAGGUUUCUUCCUAGGUAUUGGCCUUUCUAGGGAGUUUUUCCUAGCCACCGUGCUUCUACACCUGCAUUGCUUGCUGUUUGGGGUUUUAGGCUGGGUUUCUGUACAGCACUUUGAGAUAUCAGCUGAUGUACGAAGGGCUAUAUAAAUAAAUUUGAUUUGAUUUGAUGUACAUUACUCUCAGGGAGAUAGUAGUAGUAUGUACACUACUCUCGGGGAGAUAGUAGUAGUAUGUACAUUACUCUCAGGGAGAUAGUAGUAGUAUGUACAGGGAGAUAGUAGUAGUAUGUACAGGGAGAUAGUAGUAGUAUGUACAGGGAGAUAGUAGUAGUAUGUACAGGGAGAUAGUAGUAGUAUGUACAGGGGGAUAGUAGUAGUAUGUACGGGGAGAUAGUAGUAGUAUGUACAGGGAGAUAGUAGUAGUAUGUACAGGGAGAUAGUAGUAGUAUGUACAGGGAGAUAGUAGUAGUAUGUACAGGGAGAUAGUAGUAGUAUGUACAGGGAGAUAGUAGUAGUAUGUACAUUACUCUCAGGGAGAGUUAUGUGUUAAAAUGGGGCAAAGGUGUGUUUAUAAAAAAAAUUGUCAUAAGGUUAUUUUGAAACUCCCACUAUUUUGACCUAAGUAACAUUUAGUAACCUAGCUAUGUUUUAUUUCCCCUUAGGUAAGUCAGCUGUUGUAUGUAGUGUAAGAAAUGUAACACAACAAGGCUGUGAAAUUGCUAUAAUAUUAUUAUUAUAUUUUGUUGUUGAAUAAGGUUAUAAAGUUAGCAUAAUGGUAGACUUAUGUUAAGUAUUUAGGACAUAUUCUAAGCCAACAGGACAGAGCUAUAUGACAUCUGUGGUGACCCAGGAUCAUUGAGAGCAUCGAGAUAAACUUAAUCAAACUAUGUAAUAACCUUUGAUAUUACUACCAUAGACAUGUUGAUUUUUCUAAAAAUCCAUGAGUGCAAACAGGGAGAGAGUGAGACUGUAAAAGUCAAUACCUAGAGAGAUUAAAGGAUGUUUUUUUAAACUCUAAUAGUGGGUUAAUAGACCCCCCGGCAGUGAAAGGACUCAAUGCCCCGUAUCAUCAACAAUUACAAAUUGGGUUGGGGGAGAGCAGAGCUGGGAGAGGUGAUGAGAUAUGCAGUACCAAACAGAACCUGGUAGGGUGGGGGAGAGCAGAGCUGGGUGAGGUGAAGAGAUAAGCAGAACCUGGUAGGGUGGGGGAGAGCAGAGCUGGGAGAGGUGAAGAGAUAUGCAGUACCAAACAGAACCUGGUAGGGUGGAGGAGAGCAGAGCUGGGAGAGGUGAAGAGAUAAGCAGAACCUGGUAGGGUGGGGGAGUGCAGAGCUGGGAGAGGUGAUGAGAUAUGCAGUACCAAACAGAACCUGGUAGGGUGGAGGAGAGCAGAGCUGGGAGAGGUGAAGAGAUAAGCAGAACCUGGUAGGGUGGAGGAGAGCAGAGCAGAGCUGGGAGAGGUGGAGAGAUAUGCAGUUCACUAUGAGCGGCAUGGGAAAAGUGAGAGAGCAACAACAACAAAAGGAGCAGAAGGGAGCUGAGUAUCUGAUGGCCACUCUAGGAGAGAUUGCAGGGAAGGGUGACAGAGGAGGACGGACUAGCAAGGUAGGAGGGAAAAGGGGGUAAUUAAUGUUACAUUUUACUAGAGAUUGCGAGGCGCCGUGUAAACACUGCAAUGAAGUAGGCCAUAAUCACCGAGACUGUAAAAAGAACAAAGACAGGAGAGACAGGAGAGAGGGUCGAGUGCAGAGAGAAAAAGGUUAGCCUCAGAGGAAGAUGAGGCAUGACUAAUUUAUGGGGAGCGGGGGAAUAGACUCUAGUGAGGAAGAGGAGGAGGUUCAGGAUUCUGUUGUAAACACUGAUUUUGAAGUUUUCGAAUGGGCUACUAUUGAUUUGGCAUUACAACAGGAACAGAAAACCUAUUUGACGCUGAUGGGAAAGAAAAUAAAGAUGUUGAGUGAUAUUGGGACUUGUUGGAUGGCCGAUAAGCCUGAAGGAAUAAGAAUACAUUUGGGAAAAGAUUUUGGUCGUUCAGCUUCCGUACAGCAGACAGUGGAAAGACUGUCUGCUCCAUUGGUGAUAAAACACGAGAUGUCAGGAGGGCAGGCAUGCAUUCCUGUCCUUAACUCCAGGUUCAUCUGUUGGGAAGAGAUACAAUGACUGUUUUGGUAAAUAAAGCAGCCUCGAGUAAUGACUGGAGGAUGUUAUAUAAAAUAAUAUACUACUAUAUAUAGUAUAGUAUAUACGGCUACUAUAAGUAGUGAUUUAGAGUGGGGGCCAGUACAGGUAGUUGAGGACUCUGCCACAGAGGUAUGAUAACCACUUCUGGGGAGCCUAUUACACAUGCUCAGUUGAUUUUGAAUUUAUUAGAUGCUUCACUUUCGCCAGAAAAGUUAGCUAUUUGUAAUUUAUAAAGAUGGUAGUCUGCAUCAUGAUAAGUUACCCAUACUGCCUAAGUCAUUGUUUAGAUAUGCCUCAAUAUUGAUACAUGGGCAGAGCCAUGUGUUAAUUAAUGGCUCUGCCCAUGUCUCAAGGUCUGAGGAAGAAGAAGAGUGAACAAGUCUGUCUGUCCGUAUGAAGUUGCUGCGUGUCACUCUGGCUCUCCUCCUCACUGCCAGUAUGAACCUGCUGCGUGUCACUCUGGCUCUCCUCCUCACUGCCAGUAUGAACCUGCUGCGUGACACUCUGGCUCUCCUCCUCACUGCCAGUAUGAACCUGCUGCGUGACACUCUGGCUCUCCUCCUCACUGCCAGUAUGAAGAUGCUGCGUGUCACUCUGGCUCUCCUCCUCACUGCCAGUAUGAACCUGCUGCGUGACACUCUGGCUCUCCUCCUCACUGCCAGUAUGAACCUGCUGCGUGUCACUCUGGCUCUCCUCCUCACUGCCAGUAUGAAGAUGCUGCGUGUCACUCUGGCUCUCCUCCUCACUGCCAGUAUGAACCUGCUGCGUGUCACUCUGGCUCUCCUCCUCACUGCCAGUAUGAAGAUGCUGCGUGUCACUCUGGCUCUCCUCCUCACUGCCAGUAUGAAGAUGCUGCGUGUCACUCUGGCUCUCCUCCUCACUGCCAAUAAGGACCAUUCUCUAGUCUACAUCUUGUAUAUGAACCUGCUGCGUGUCACUCUGGCUCUCCUCCUCACUGCCAGUAUGAAGAUGCUGCGUGUCACUCUGGCUCUCCUCCUCACUGCCAGUAUGAACCUGCUGCGUGUCACUCUGGCUCUCCUCCUCACUGCCAAUAAGGACCAUUCUCUAGCCUACACCUUGUAUAUGAACCUGCUGCGUGUCACUCUGGCUCUCCUCCUCACUGCCAGUAUGAACCUGCUGCGUGUCACUCUGGCUCUCCUCCUCACUGCCAGUAUGAACCUGCUGCGUGUCACUCUGGCUCUCCUCCUCACUGCCAGUAUGAACCUGCUGCGUGUCACUCUGGCUCUCCUCCUCACUGCCAGUAUGAAGAUGCUGCGUGACACUCUGGCUCUCCUCCUCACUGCCAGUAUGAAGAUGAUGCGUGUCACUCUGGCUCUCCUCCUCACUGCCAGUAUGAAGAUGCUGCGUGUCACUCUGGCUCUCCUCCUCACUGCCAAUAAGGACCAUUCUCUAGUCUACACCUUGUAUAUGAACCUGCUGCGUGUCACUCUGGCUCUCCUCCUCACUGCCAGUAUGAACCUGCUGCGUGUCACUCUGGCUCUCCUCCUCACUGCCAGUAUGAACCUGCUGCGUGUCACUCUGGCUCUCCUCCUCACUGCCAAUAAGGACCAUUCUCUAGCCUACACCUUGUAUAUGAAGUACAUACACACGUCACUCAUGUUAAAAACCUGGAGUUAUUGUGUGUUUCUGAAGUCAGUCGGAUCAUUGUUCAUGCACUGCUUGAAAUUAGAACAAUUGUUUUAUUUGAAUGACGUCGAUACAAGUCGAUACUUAUGAAAAGGUUUUAUUUUUGUUGUUUUUCCUCUCAGAUUUCAAAAAGUAAAAAAGUAAAUUAAAAAAUAAAACAUGUAAACA